CGUGACGGCGGUGGCGGAGGGCGGGGGAGCGGAGCGGAGAGCAGCGCAGUGUAACGGCGGCGGCCUUCGGGUGCCCGGGCUACCGGGGCCUGCCGGGCCUUUCCCUUCCACAGCCCACACCCGCCGGCGUGCCCCUGGGGUACACUUUAAUUCUCAAUUAAGAUGGAUAUCCGAGGUGCUGUAGAUGCUGCUGUCCCAACAAACAUCAUUGCUGCCAAAGCUGCUGAAGUUCGGGCAAACAAAGUAAACUGGCAGUCAUAUCUCCAAGGGCAGAUGAUUUCAGGUGAAGACUGUGAAUUUAUUCAAAGAUUUGAACAGAAGAGAAAUCCAGAAGAAAAACAGGAGUUGUUGCAAACAGAAGGCAAUCAAUGUGCUAAAACAUUUAUAAACUUGAUGACUCAUAUCUCCAAGGAACAGACGGUUCAGUACAUUCUGACUAUGGUUGAUGAUAUGCUGCAAGAAAAUCACCAGCGUGUUUGUAUCUUUUUCGAUUAUGCAAAACGUGGUAAAAACACCGCAUGGUCCUAUUUUCUGCCCAUGUUGAAUCGACAAGAUCUUUUCACUGUUCAUAUGGCAGCAAGAAUUAUUGCCAAACUGGCUGCCUGGGGGAGGGAGCUUAUGGAAGGCAGUGACUUGAAUUACUAUUUCAACUGGAUUAAAACUCAGCUCAGUUCACAGAAACUACGUGGUUCUGUGGAAGCAGGAGCAGUCUCCACAAGUGAUAGUUCCCAGUAUGUACAAUGUGUUGCUGGAUGUCUGCAGCUGAUGCUCAGGGUCAAUGAAUAUCGCUUUGCGUGGGUAGAAGCAGAUGGAGUAAAUUGUAUCAUGGGGGUCUUGAGCAACAAAUGUGGCUUCCAGCUUCAGUAUCAGAUGAUUUUCUGUGUGUGGCUGCUGGCAUUCAGUCCUCAAAUGUGUGAAUACCUCCGUCGGUAUAAUAUUGUUCCAGUGCUGUCAGAUAUUCUUCAGGAAUCCGUCAAAGAGAAAGUAACUAGAAUCAUCCUUGCAGCAUUUCGGAAUUUGUUAGAGAAAUCUACCGAGAGAGAAACUCGCCAGGAAUAUGCUCUUGCCAUGAUUCAGUGUAAAGUUUUAAAGCAGCUAGAGAAUUUGGAUCAGCAGAAAUACGAUGAUGAAGACAUAAGUGAAGAUAUCAAAUUUCUACUGGACAAGCUUGGUGAGAGCGUGCAGGACCUUAGCUCCUUCGAUGAGUACAGUUCUGAGCUCAAGUCAGGCAGACUGGAGUGGAGUCCUGUACACAAGUCUGAGAAGUUUUGGAGGGAGAAUGCUGUAAGACUAAAUGAGAAGAAUUAUGAACUACUCAAAAUCCUGACAAAACUUCUCGAGGUUUCUGAUGACCCCCAAGUGCUGGCUGUAGCUGCUCAUGAUGUGGGAGAGUAUGUACGACACUAUCCCCGUGGGAAACGAGUGAUUGAACAACUUGGUGGUAAACAGCUGGUAAUGAACCACAUGCAUCAUGAAGACCAGCAAGUUCGUUAUAAUGCACUACUGGCUGUGCAGAAGCUGAUGGUUCAUAACUGGGAAUACCUUGGAAAGCAGUUGCAGUCAGAACAACCUCAAACGGCCACCGCCCGGAGCUGAACACUUCCAUCAGUUCAUACUUAUAACUACAGUAUGUUUGUCUUUAAAUUACUGUCAAGGAAACACUGAAAUCACAUGUUCUUUGCCUGAUGUUAGUGCAUAAACUUUCCAGCUUUCCUCCAGUGUUGUUGGCUUAGUACCAAUUUCUUUGUUCAACUAGUUCUGAUGAUUAUGGCUCUUAGCUUCCUGUUCUAUUCUGAAUGUAUAUGAGGAAAUGUGGCUAAUAUAUUGCAUUUGUUUAAUGUAUUUAUUCUCAUAAUAAAGAAUGUUAAUAAAGGAUAUUCAUUCCAUGUUAUAA